ACUUAAAAAUGACAAUUUUACAGGAAAUGCAAUUGCCAGCUGUCUUGCAAUCUCUUAAUAGUGAUACUAAAAGGUGUAUCAUGGAAUGGGCGAAUAUCGUUCGAGCAAAACACAGUUCAGAUGAUGUUGACAGCGAUGAUGAUGACAAUGUUACUUAUUAUGGAGACCCUCUUCUCAUAAUUGAAUGGAAUGAAUCAGGACUUAUUCAACGAAAUAUUCAAAAAAAUACUGUGGUGAAUUGUAUGUAUAUUAAUUAUAUGCAUAUUAAUUAUUGUAAUUUAUAUUAA